GAAGGUGUGAUCACUGAGGCGGACGUGCAGUGUGUCGUCCACUGCAGGAACCCCAAAAUCCACCCAAAGAAGUGCUGCCCCACCUGCCCCAGUUGUAUCUUUGAGGCUCGUCUGUACAAAGAGAAGCAGGAGUUCAGUCCUGAGGGCAAACCCUGCAUCAAAUGCUCCUGCACUGGAGGGCGGACUCUCUGCAUGAGGGAGGUGUGUCCCGUCCUCUCAUGCCCCGCCCACCUCAGCCACACCCCCCCCGGACAGUGCUGCCCCAGAUGUCUCGGCCAGAGGAAGGUGUUUGAUCUGUACUCAGGAAGCUGUCUGUUCCACAGUGAAGUGUUUGAGAACGGCACGUCCUUCUCACAAGGCAACUGCACCACCUGCACCUGCAAGGAUUCAACGGUGGUGUGCAACAAGCAGUGCUCUCGUCCUGGGAGUUGCCAAGGCGACCAUUGCUGUGACGAGUGUCUGUCCUACGUGAAGGUGGAGGAGGUGAAGUACUGCAGAGUCAGAAACAAGAUCUACAGGGAAGGAGACAUGUGGUCGUCCGUUAACUGCACUCUGUGUGCCUGCGUCAAAGGAAACAUCGAGUGUCGGCCCAAACUGUGUGUGCCAAUCAGCAGCUGCCCCUCG